CAGGAGAAGGGCCUCAGAUGCCUUAGGCUGUGGCAGGAGAAUGGAUUACUCCCUAAACCUGAGCAAAGCAGUCUUGUGGCUGGAACUUGGCCUUGCAAGGUGUAUUGAGGGUAAAGGUGGGCGGUGCAUGCUUUCCUUUUCCUACUUCAUAACAAGUGAAACUGAGACAGGAAGGGGGCCCCCAGUCCCAUUUUUACCUGACUCUCAGGACACACUCGGGAUCCUGGGCCUGCCUGCUGGUAGAAGUUCCCAGCUCCACUCCCUCCCCAGCGGAAGUCCCUCGAGAGCUUGAGAGUUCAGGCUGGAGCCUGGCUGGGACACACUGUUCCCCACUUGCCCUUUUGCCCUGCCCUGAGACCAGAAUUUUCACCCGGCCCCACCGGGGGCAGGAUCUCAAGACCAUGGAUCCCUGCAGAUCCCUGGAGAGUGUGGUGUCCCGGGUGUGGGACAACUCCAGAGUUGGGGGAGUAGGGGGAGCAAAAGAUCACAGGCUGACACUCCCAGCAGGGUAGAUCCUGGGAAUCUGAUCUCCUGGCCUCCCCCACAUCCUCCCCCCUCCACUUCCUGGAGCAGCGACCUGCCCCCUUCCCGCCUGCACUUCCCUCCACUUCCAGGGCCGGGCUUCUCCUCACACCAGCCAGCCAGCCUACCCUCCGCCCAGGGGAAGCGGCUGCCUCCGCCAGGCCGCUUCCAGGAAGCCCCGGGCCAGGCCCCAGCAUUGUUCAGGCCCUGGGGCCGGCACCCCAGCCAGCCGAACACCAUGAAGUCCAGCAGCCCCGUGGAGAGGCUGCUCAGAGCCCUGGGGAGGAGGGACGGCAGCCGGGCCACAAGCAGGCCUAGGAAAGCUGAGCCUCAUAGCUUCCGGGAGAAGGUUUUCCGGAAGAAACCUCCAGUCUGUGCAGUAUGUAAGGUGACCAUCGAUGGGACAGGCGUUUCGUGCAGAGUCUGCAAGGUGGCGACGCACAGAAAAUGUGAAGCAAAGGUGACUUCAGCCUGUCAGGCCUUGCCUCCCGCGGAGUUGCGGCGAAACACGGCCCCAGUCAGGCGCAUAGAGCACCUGGGAUCCACCAAAUCUCUGAACCACUCAAAGCAGCGCAGCACUCUGCCCAGGAGCUUCAGCCUGGACCCGCUCAUGGAGCGGCGCUGGGACUUAGACCUCACCUACGUGACGGAGCGCAUCUUGGCCGCCGCCUUCCCCGCGCGGCCCGAUGAACAGCGGCACAGGGGCCACCUGCGCGAGCUGGCCCACGUGCUGCAAUCCAAGCACCGGGACAAGUACCUGCUCUUCAACCUUUCAGAGAAAAGGCAUGACCUGACCCGCUUAAACCCCAAGGUUCAAGACUUUGGCUGGCCUGAUCUGCAUGCUCCACCCCUGGACAAGCUGUGCUCCAUCUGCAAAGCCAUGGAGACGUGGCUCAGUGCUGACCCACAGCACGUGGUCGUACUAUACUGCAAGGGAAACAAGGGCAAGCUCGGGGUCAUCGUUUCUGCCUACAUGCAUUACAGCAAGAUCUCUGCAGGGGCGGACCAGGCACUGGCCACUCUUACCAUGCGGAAAUUCUGCGAGGACAAGGUGGCCACAGAACUGCAGCCCUCCCAGCGUCGAUACAUCAGUUACUUCAGUGGGCUGCUAUCUGGCUCCAUCAGAAUGAACAGCAGCCCUCUCUUCCUGCACUAUGUGCUCAUCCCCACGCUGCCAGCCUUUGAACCUGGCACAGGCUUCCAGCCCUUCCUUAAAAUCUACCAGUCCAUGCAGCUUGUCUACACGUCUGGAGUCUAUCACAUUGCAGGCCCUGGUCCCCAGCAGCUUUGCAUCAGCCUGGAGCCGGCCCUCCUCCUCAAAGGCGAUGUCAUGGUAACAUGUUAUCACAAGGGUGGCCGGGGCACAGACCGGACCCUCGUGUUCCGAGUCCAGUUCCACACCUGCACCAUCCACGGACCACAGCUCACUUUCCCCAAGGACCAGCUGGACGAGGCCUGGACUGAUGAGAGAUUCCCCUUCCAAGCCUCCGUGGAGUUUGUCUUCUCCUCCAGCCCCGAGAAGAUCAAAGGCAGCACUCCACGGAAUGACCCCUCGGUCUCUGUCGACUACAACACCACCGAGCCAGCCGUGCGCUGGGACUCCUAUGAGAACUUCAACCAGCACCACGAGGACAGUGUGGAUUGUGCGCAGGGCAGCCUGCAAGGCUCCUUGACCCACACCCGGGGUCCCCUGGAUGGCAGUCCUUAUGCCCAGGUGCAGCGGCCUCCCCGGCAGACCCCCCCGGCGCCCUCUCCAGAGCCUCCACCACCCCCCAUGCUCUCUGUCAGCAGCGACUCGGGCCAUUCCUCCACGCUGACCACAGAGCCGGCUGCUGAGUCCCCUGGCCGGCCGCCCCCUACAGCUGCUGAACAGCAGGAGCUGGAUCGCCUCCUAGGAGGCUGCGGAGUGGCCAGUGGGGGCCGGGGAGCUGGGCGCGAGACGGCCAUUCUAGAUGACGAAGAGCAGCCCCCUGUGGGCGGAGGCCCCCACCUCGGUGUGUAUCCAGGCCACAGGCCUGGCCUCAGCCGCCACUGCUCCUGCCGCCAGGGCUACCGGGAGCCCUGCGGGGUCCCCAAUGGGGGCUACUACCGGCCAGAGGGAACCCUGGAGAGGAGGCGACUGGCCUACGGGGGCUAUGAGGGAUCCCCCCAGGGCUACGCCGAGGCCUCGAUGGAGAAGAGGCGCCUCUGCCGAUCGCUGUCAGAGGGGCCAUACCCCUACCCACCCGAGAUGGGGAAACCAGCCACUGGGGACUUUGGCUACCGCGCCCCAGGCUACCGGGAGGUGGUCAUCCUGGAGGACCCUGGGCUGCCUGCCCUAUACCCAUGCCCAGCCUGCGAGGAGAAGCUGGCGCUGCCUACAGCAGCCUUGUAUGGACUGCGGCUGGAGAGGGAGGCUGGAGAAGGGUGGGCAAAUGAGGCUGGCAAGCCUCUCCUGCACCCAGUGCGGCCUGGGCACCCGCUGCCUCUGCUCUUGCCUGCCUGUGGGCAUCACCAUGCCCCGAUGCCUGACUACAGCUGCCUGAAGCCACCCAAGGCAGGCGAGGAAGGGCACGAGGGCUGCUCCUACACCAUGUGCCCCGAAGGCAGGUAUGGGCAUCCAGGGUACCCUGCCCUGGUGACAUACAGCUAUGGAGGAGCAGUUCCCAGUUACUGCCCAGCAUAUGGCCGCGUGCCUCAUAGCUGUGGCUCUCCAGGAGAGGGCAGAGGGUAUCCCAGCCCUGGUGCCCACUCCCCACGGGCUGGCUCCAUUUCCCCGGGCAGCCCGCCCUAUCCACAAUCUAGGAAGCUGAGCUACGAGAUCCCUACGGAGGAGGGAGGGGACAGGUACCCAUUGCCUGGGCACCUGGCCUCAGCAGGACCUUUGGCAUCUGCAGAGUCACUGGAGCCGGUGUCCUGGAGGGAGGGCCCCAGUGGGCACAGCACACUGCCUCGGUCUCCCCGAGAUGCCCCAUGCAGUGCUUCAUCAGAGUUGUCUGGUUCCUCCAUGCCCCUGCACACCAGCAGCCCAGUCCAGGGCAAGGAAAGCACCCGGCGACAGGACACCAGGUCCCCCACCUCAGCGCCCACUCAGAGACUGAGUCCUGGCGAGGGCUUGCCCCCUGUUUCCCAGGCAGGCACCGGAAAGGCCCCUGAGCUGCCGUCGGGAAGUGGGCCUGAGCCUCCGGCCCCUAGCCCAGUCUCUCCGACCUUCCCUCCCAGCUCGCCCAGUGACUGGCCUCAGGAAAGGAGUCCAGGGGGCCGCUCAGAUGGCGCCAGUCCUCGGAGCCCUGUGCCCACCACACUUCCUGGCCUCCGCCACGCCCCCUGGCAAGGCCCUCGAGGCCCCCCAGACAGCCCAGAUGGGUCUCCCCUCACUCCUGUGCCUUCCCAGAUGCCCUGGCUUGUGACCAGCCCAGAGCCGCCUCAGAGCUCACCUACACCUGCUUUCCCCCUGGCUGCCUCCUAUGACACCAAUGGCCUUAGCCAGCCCCCACUUCCUGAGAAACGCCACCUGCCUGGGCCGGGGCAACAGCCAGGACCCUGGGGCCCAGAGCAGGCAUCAUCGCCAGCCAGAGGCAUCAGUCACCAUGUCACCUUCGCACCUCUGCUCUCGGAUAACGUCCCCCAACCCCCAGAGCCUCCUACACAAGAGAGCCAAAGCAAUGUCAAGUUUGUCCAGGAUACAUCCAAGUUCUGGUACAAGCCACACCUGUCCCGUGACCAAGCCAUUGCCCUGCUGAAGGACAAGGAUCCUGGGGCCUUCCUGAUCAGGGACAGUCAUUCAUUCCAAGGAGCUUAUGGGCUGGCCCUCAAGGUGGCCACACCGCCACCCAGUGCCCAGCCCUGGAAAGGGGACCCCGUGGAACAGCUGGUCCGCCAUUUCCUCAUCGAGACUGGGCCCAAAGGGGUGAAGAUCAAGGGCUGCCCCAGUGAGCCCUACUUUGGCAGCCUGUCCGCCUUGGUCUCCCAGCACUCCAUCUCCCCCAUCUCCCUGCCCUGCUGCCUGCGCAUUCCCAGCAAAGAUCCUCUGGAAGAGACCCCAGAGGCUCCAGUGCCCACCAACAUGAGCACAGCGGCAGACCUCCUGCGUCAGGGUGCUGCCUGCAGCGUGCUCUACCUGACCUCAGUGGAGACAGAGUCACUGACGGGCCCCCAGGCUGUGGCCCGGGCCAGCUCUGCAGCUCUGAGCUGUAGCCCCCGCCCGACACCAGCUGUUGUCCACUUCAAGGUGUCAGCCCAGGGCAUUACACUGACGGACAACCAAAGGAAGCUAUUCUUUCGCCGCCAUUAUCCAGUGAACAGCAUCACCUUCUCCAGCACAGACCCUCAAGACCGGAGAUGGACCAACCCAGACGGGACCACCUCCAAGAUCUUUGGUUUCGUGGCCAAGAAGCCGGGAAGCCCCUGGGAGAAUGUGUGUCACCUCUUUGCAGAGCUUGACCCAGAUCAGCCUGCUGGCGCCAUUGUCACCUUCAUCACCAAAGUUCUACUGGGCCAGAGAAAAUGAAGGAAGGCCACAAGCUCAGAGCCCACAUCAACACUGCACCCCUCCCAGCACCACACAGCCCUCACAUCCCCUGGCCUGGACCCAGGAGACCCAGGAGAAAGCACCCUCCCUUAGGAAUGAGGAGUGGGCAUCAGGCCUGGGACACUGCUCUCCUUCCCCGCCCCCAGCCUGCUAAGUUAAGUGGACAGGCCCACAAGAUGACCUUGCAUGUGAGCAGAUGGCAGAGAUGGGUGUGUGAGGGGUGAGGAGGCAUCAGCAGUGAAGCCCCGAAGGAGAUCAGGCAGCCCCACCUGCAGGAGAACAUCAGCCCUCCAGGGGAUCAGCCCCUGCCAGUUCCACCCAGCUGCAGGUCCCAGCACGGCAGGGAUGGGAGAGGGGUGGGGAGCAAGUCACUGCCUCCUCUGAGCAGAGAUUCAGAGUAGGAUCACAUGAAUAGGGGAAAAAAGAGAGUCUAUUUUUGUCUAAUAAUAAAGAAUUUCUAUAAACUUUA